CGACUCUACGUCGUACACCCGGUUUCAAAGUCGCCGGGCACAGUUUGGUCGAGCGGUUUUUCGCGCGAGGUCGUCGCGCGAGACGACAACAACAAUGGAGAAGAACGAGUUCCGUGCGGUGAUAAAGCACUUCUAUUUGAGAAAGUGGACGGCCGCCGGGAUCAAAGCCGAGCUGGACGACGUGCACGGUGAGUCCGCGCCGGCGUUGAAGACGAUCUACUUCUGGAUGAACGAAUUCAAGCGCGGCCGGACGUCGACGAAGGACGAGUCGCGCUCCGGACGUCCGGCCGAGGUCACCACGCCGGAGAUGACGAAGAAGAUCCACGGUAUGGUCGUGGGGAACGGUCGGAUGAGGAAGCUCUGCGGACGAUGGGUGCCGCGAUCGCUGACCGGCGAGCAGAAGCGCGCGCGAGCCGACAUUUCGCGGCGGUGUCUGGCGAGGCUCGGCCGAGACUGCCCGGCGGAUUUCUGGCGUCGAUUGGUGGCCGUGGACGAAACGCGGAUCCUGUACACGCCCGAGUCGAAGGAGCUGAGCGGACCCGCGCCGAAGAAGGCGAAGACCGUCUCGUCGGCCGGCAAUGUCACGGCUACGGUAUUUUGGGAUUCCCAAGGCGUCAUCUUCAUCGAUUACUUGGAAAAAAGUCGGACGGUUACGGGAACGUAUUACGCGACCCUCCUCGACCGUUUCGACGAGGAGCUGCGGACGAAACGACCGAGGUCGUCGCGGAAAGGGACGAUUCUUCAACAGGACGACGCGCCAGCUCGCACGUCGGCCGUCGCAACGGCGAAACUUCGGGAAUUGCGCUACGAAUUGCUGCCCCUUCCGUUCUAUUCUCCGGAUCUGGCCCCCUGCGACUUCUUCCUGUUCCCCGGGCUCAAAACCCGGCUCGGGGGGGAGAGGUUCGCGUCCGACGAGGAGGUGAUCACCACCGUGAACGAAUAUUUCGAAGGCUACGACGCUGCGUACUACUCCGAGGGGAUCAAAAGGCUGGAACAACGCUGGGCGAAAUGCGUCGAACUCGAGGGAGACUACGUUGAAAAAUGAACGGACAUCGCGGUCUCGAAGAAGGCUGAUUUUCCUCCCUUUUUUUUGAUCGUACUUAUCGAACCACCCUCGUAUGUAUAUAUUUAUUUUUUUCCCGUAUAAUUAAGCCUUUAAUCGUAUGUUAAAUUUAAGGGAGAAAUCACUAACAUAACGUUAUUACAAUGGUGUUUUGUAAUAUGUUACGUUUUCAAAUAUGUAUCUCUUCAUGUCGCGUACAACGCCAUUGUUAUCGAUAUUUGAUCGAAAUGUGAAAAAUCAUGUUUUUACUCUGUGAUUUUAAUAUUUAAAUACAUAACAUUGUGUCGAGUAACAGUUUAAAAACUGGGCAAAAUGUUAUGUCAGAAUGUUUGUAAAAUUAACGUUUCAAAAAAAGGAUCAAUUCAACGUUUUUGCUUACCGAGUAGGAUGUCUUUUGAACAUUUGUGCUGCCUAAGUAUAUUUAUAAGUAAUUUA